AUGUCGGUUUCAGUCAAUCUAAAUGAGCACACGCUCAGCAUCCCAAAGCCACUACACACAUGUUUUUCAUACUUACUUGAAAAUGGGGACAUUGAAGGAAUAUUUAGAGUAAGCGGAUCUGUUAAAAGAGUUAAUCAUUUCACUAAGGAAUUUUUAGCAAACCCAGAUCUUGACUUGAAUAAGUUAAAGGCAGGAAGCGAUGAGCUCGUAUUUACUGUCCACGAUAUCGCGACUGUGUUUAAAAGACUUUUAUCAAAUUACUUGAAGGGUUCAAAUUCAGUAAUAGUGGAUAACUCAGACCAAUUAAGUCAAAUACAGCAGGUUUGCCAAAAGUUCACUGGUUCACCGGUCACUUUAGUGAGGAAAACAUGCUCUAUUCUUGACAUUUCUCACAACAAUACCAAUAUUUUACUAUACUUGACUUGCUACUUGAAGAAGAUGUCAAAAUUAGACAAGACGACUCAUAUGAACAUUUUUAACUUGGCAAUAAUAUUCCAGCCUCAUUUCUUUAAUAGUGAGUUGAUAAAUGAUCUUGAAGACUUAAAGAAGUUCAGAAAUGCUAUAGAGGCAUACAUAGAGUAUUGUGACAUAUUGGUAGAGGAAUUAGCACGACCCAUCGUUCAACCAACGGUAAAAGUGAAAAUAGUGUCAGUCAUAAAAUCAAGUCCAGCAGUUGAAAUUGUAACCAUUGCGACUGAGAAGAAACCUGCCUUAUUGAAAAGGGCGUUUUCAAUGAGCGUCAAAAGAUUAAAACUGUAA